AUGUCAACAACUGUGACGGAGACGCCGACGUCCGUUUCACCCUUGAAAGUUAAAAUACAGCCUACAUCCACGGAUGAAUCGCCGCAGAGCACAUUAGGAGGACAUGGCGUGGUGCAUAUCACCUCCCAGAAUGCCACGCCUUUCCAGAACGCAGACCUGCCACCUGGAGUGGCCAUGGACCCUGAACUCGCCAGGAAGAGCGAGGAAAAGUUCGACAACGUGCCUUUCUCACGUCCAUUCUCGCCAAAGCAGCCAAUCGCAGAAGAUGCUGCCGAAUCCUCAGCUAGGACCGGUGGGCUGCACACACCCACGCAGCUGCCUGAGAGUGCCACUUCUGCAGUGCUGGAGCCAUCUGAGGCUGGCCAUGCGCGCCGCUGGAUAAAAGUGCCGAAGGGCUGGUACGCCAAAAAGGGUGCAGAGGUCAUGGACGGACUGCGCGUGGGAGACGCUCUGGGGAAGGGAUGCCAGGGCGGCGUAUACAAGCUGGUGGACAAGGAUGGCAAUGUGGACCCCACUCGGGUGCUCAAGGCAAAGCACCGCUAUGCGCUCCUCGUGAAGGUGAAGCGUGAGUGGGAGAUUGGGCGCUGCAUUGCCAACCUGUACGAGCCGGACUCCUCGCUGCCGGGCUACAUGGCGACUGGGGAGGGCGUCGUCACUGAGAACGGCAACUUCAUAGGCAUGAUCCUGGAGAAGAUCGAUGGCAAGCAGCCCAGCAAGCGCCUGAAUGAGUCAUCCUUCAAUGACAUCCACUAUGUGGAGGAGCUGCUCUUCUGCGUCUUCAAUGCGCUGGACAUCGGCCAAAAGUCCCUGGGCUUCCAUCACGCUGAUCUGCGCGUGUCAAACGUGAUGGAGGUCAAGACGACGUCAACACAGGGAGCGCCCCAGCUGGAGGAGACGGACGUGGCUGGCCGCGCUGCAGCCCUCAGCUUCAACGGAGAGAAUGUCGGCAAGAACGCCGCGAAGAGGCUGAACCAGUUCAAGAUCAUCGACUAUGGGCUGGCGGACUUCACAGAGCACUACCCCUCAGGCAAUGUGCAUGUGGGCGGCCCCACGCAUGCUGUCCCCAAGACGGGCCCCCUGCACUUCUCCAUCGGCCAGCUGCAGAUGUCGCUGCCUGUGCCCCUCAGCCUGGAGCAGCUCAAGGGCCUCCCGAAGAUCAACCCGCUUGAGAGGAUGUACCGCCACUUCUGGAGGAACAAGGGAGACAUCUACCACGUGUGCUGGGAUCUCACCAGGUACCUGGACGGACGGGUGUGGCCCAAAGAGGACGAGAAGCAAGUCAAGCUGCUCUUUGCCUUCAUCCACCACUGCACAGGAGUGCGUCUGAAAGCCUGGUUUGCACCAAAGUCCACUGCUGACAAGGACGGCAAGCUGAAGAUCCCGAGACGCUAUGGAAACUUUGCCUUUGUCCAGCACUACGAUGGCUUCCUGCACGUCCUGCGCAUCCGGUCUAUCAGGCUGCAGGCAUGGUUCCGCCCUCACAACCCUGGGAUCACUGCGGCUGAGGCCCUGUGUGCCCCCUUCUUUGAGGCCUGCCUCCACAAGGGCGAGGACGCAGUCUAA